AUGUACGCCAAAGGCAAGAGUAGCAACGUGCCGUCCGACAGCCAAGCCAGAGAAAAGUUAGCUCUGUAUGUGUACGAGUACCUGCUGCAUGUAGGAGCACAGAAGUCAGCACAGACCUUUCUCUCAGAGAUCCGAUGGGAGAAGAACAUCACAUUAGGAGAACCUCCGGGGUUCCUCCACUCAUGGUGGUGUGUUUUCUGGGACCUGUACUGUGCAGCUCCAGAGAGGAGAGACACAUGUGAACACUCCAGUGAGGCCAAGGCUUUCCACGACUACAGUGCUGCAGCAGCUCCCAGCCCCGUCCUUGGGAACCUUCCCCCAGGAGAGGGCAUGCCAGUGGGGCCAGUCCCUCCAGGAUUCUUUCAGCCAUUUAUGUCACCUCGAUACCCCGGAGGACCCAGACCACCUCUCAGAUUACCCAAUCAGGGACUUGGAGGAGUCCCAGGUAGCCAGCCGAUGUUACCCAGUGGAAUGGACCCCACAAGACAGCAAGGGCAUCCAAAUAUGGGAGGACCAAUGCAGCGGAUGACUCCACCCAGAGGCAUGGUACCGCUAGGGCCCCAGGGCUAUGGAGGUGGGAUGAGACCACCACUAAAUGCCCUGGUUGGUCCUGGGAUGCCUGGCAUGAACAUGGGACCUGGUGGGGGUAGACCCUGGCCAAAUCCUCCAAACUCUAAUUCAACCCCUUACUCUUCUGCAUCUCCAGGAAGUUAUGUGGGACCUCCUGGAGGAGGGGGACCACCUGGGACUCCAAUAAUGCCAAGUCCAGCAGAUUCAACCAACUCUGGUGACAACAUGUACACCAUGAUUAACACAGUUCCUCCAGGCGGAAGCCGACCAAAUUUCCCUAUGGGUGCAGGUGGCGACGGUCCAUUAGGUGGCAUGGCUGGAAUGGAGCCCCAUCACAUGAAUGGAUCAUUAGGGUCAGGCGAUAUGGACAGUCUACCCAAGAACUCUCCUGGUAACCUAAGUAUGAGUAAUCAGCCCGGGACCCCCAGAGAGGAUGGAGAGAUGGGAGGAAACUUCCUUAACCCUUUUCAGAAUGAGAGUUAUUCUCCAAACAUGACAAUGAGCGUGUGAAGGCUCUGGAAGCAGGUUUGGUUCAGUCGCUCAGUAACCUGGUGUGGAUCGGUGAAAAGCAGAGAGACAGGAUGUGAUGUCAUCUAGGCCAGUGACUCCACCACCUCCACCACCACCUGCCUAGUCAGGACAGUUGCCCCAGGCUCCGUCCUCCUACUAUCCACCCACCCCCCACUCCUCUAUGUCCCUGUCCACGUCUCUCCUCUCCUGUUUCUUCUCCCGUUCUAAGUGGUGACUCUGCUACAUUCAUCAGUUCUUCCUCUGCAACUAUGAGACUGUACAAAGGAACCAAAUUGAAUCAACCCGGAGGAGAACUCUUUGUAUAUUUGCAUACGGUGUGUAUCAGACUGUGCACACACUCACAGACAGAGGUGUCUGCCUUUUGCAUCAUAUCACAGAGUUCAUGCCCAAAAACAAAUGGCCAGUAUCCUAUUUAUGCUAAAGUUUAAAUUUCCAAGGAUUUAAAGCGAUAAAGACACUUUUUGAUUGACGGUCAAACUUAAUCUAACUGGUUAUCACAAGGAACAUCUUUUGUCUUUCCUUGACAAAUGAAUUUCUCCGAUACUGAAUGAGAAUUGGGGAGACAUCCCAAUAUUACCACAAGGUGUAUUUGAGGUUUGUGUAGGUAUUUUGUCUUUUUUGUGGUUGUCUAAAUCUUUAAGACCACUAUCUUUUUUUUUUUUUAUGUUUUAUCGUGGGUCGUUUUUAAAUUUCCUCUCCCAAAAUCAAGAAUUGGAGAAUGUGAGAUCUCUUCAAAGUCAGCUCUUUGACCAUGAACUGCAGAAAGGCUUCAGCACAACUGAAAUAUUUGUCUGCAUCUUGAAUUUGAAGUCAUAUCAAAUGGUUAUUGAAAAAAGGAAAGAGCUUUGUUCAAGGCUUCAGGCGAGGAAAUGCAACUUAAACAGUACUACAGGUCAUACCGCAUCAUGUCAUGCCGUAGAAACAAAUUCCCUGAAUGUACUGAAGUGAGCAACGGUGAGUUGUCAGCACUUCUGAAUUUAAGUUUCUGCUUGUAAGAGGAAGAAUAUGUUACUUCUUUUCAAAAGUUGACAUAGUCUCGCUUUAAAUCAUAUCAGAUCGGUCACUAUGCUGAGAGAGCAGUAAGGAUAACACUGUUGACUACACAGGCACAGGGCAAAGUUUCAAAUCGGGGGAGCAAAAGAUAGGGUUAUUUUGGGACUUUAUUAUCUAACGAGGGGUGACUGAACCUGUGCAUGUAGUCUUUUUUUUAAUUUAUUUUUUAUUUUUUAAUUUUUGGCAAAGGCCUCUCACAAGUCUAGUUCUUUAAACCUCUAUCCAAAUGUCUUAUUAGUUUACGUCCUUGAGCCACAGUUGCAAAAUGGCCCACAUUCUUUGGACAUAUAAUGUCAAAAAGACAGAGAGAAAUCAAAAACACAUGACCCAUAUUUGGAUAAACAAGCUUAUAAAGUCACUUUGGUCACUUAUACUUUAUAGCCAUCCGGAUAAACUGUGAUCUCAGUUUUCAUGUGAAAGGUUAGUUGGUACAGAAAGCUAAAAACAAGGUUGUUUUUAAUCGUUUUAAACUUUUUUCACUGCCCAAGAUGUAUUAUCAUCGUGUACAAAAGGUCGAUAUGCCUGUGAACAUUUUCCUCUCCCCUCUCUUACUGCAAAGUGUACAGCUCACAAAUGUAGCUCCUCUGUCUCGUAUGUGUAUUUGAUAUUAUUAUUAUUUAAAGAAAAAACCUGGAGAGAAUUAUUGCAAAAGGGAGGGAUGGACUGAUGAUGCACCAUCACAACUGAACAGAGAUAUUUUAUUUUGUUCUUUUUUGUGUUAGAAUGAAGCCAUAAGUGGGAGUACAAGAAGAUGCAUUUGUAAAUUGGGUCAUGUUUUCUGUUUUGUGGUAGUAUAUGGGACUCCAUUUGUGAUGUGUUCAUUUUCUCUUUUUUAUUCUUGUAUUAUGUUUUUGUAAAUACACAGAGAAGUAUUUCAUGGGUUUUGAAUAUGCUAGUAUAAAGCUUCUCUUCCCUUA